AUGCCACUCAUCCAAGAGAAGGAUAGGCCCACUGAGUCAUCUGAACCUAACAUUGCAGAUGGCAAGAAAAGCACACCAGCAGCAUCUAUGGCGCCAGAAACAGAGGCUGAAGACAGAUCGUUUCCAUUCUUUGGCCUGCUUUGCUACGCGGAUGCACUAGAUAGGCUGCUCAUGGUAUCAGGAACCAUGGGGUCCUUCAUACAUGGCAUGGGGCCUUCAAUGUCGUACUACAUACUAGGGAAAACUCUUGACGUGGUCGGGAACAACAUGGGCAAUAACGAGGCCACAGUCCAUGAACUCUCUAAGUUAAUUCCAUAUAUGUGGACCUUAGCAAUUGUUACCCUUCCUGGCGGAAUGAUUGAAACUGCAAGUUGGAUGCAUACAAGUCAGAGGCAAAUGGCACGCAUGCGGAUAGCAUAUCUGAGAUCAGUGCUCAGUCAAGAUAUUGGAGCUUUCGACACUGACUUAACCACUGCAAAUAUCAUAGCUGGGGCAACCAAUCACAUGAGUGUCAUACAAGAUGCAAUUGGUGAAAAGAUGGGUCACUUUAUGUCAAACUUCUCCACAUUCUUAGUUGCCAUCAUUGUUGCCUUCGCGUGCUGUUGGGAGGUUGGCCUGCUCUCUCUUCUAGUUGUACCUAUGCUCCUCGUGGUUGGAGCAUCUUAUGCCAAAAUGAUGGUCCGCAUGUCCCUCACAAGAACAUCUUUCGUGUCUGAAGCAACCACUAUUGUAGAACAGAAUCUUGCACAUAUAAAGACCGUCUUCUCAUUUGUUGGAGAAAAGUCAGCUAUCAAAUCUUUCAACAAUUGCAUGGAUAAUCAAUACACGUUAAGCAAGAAAGAGUCGAUGGCGAAAGGUCUAGGUUUGGGAAUGUUACAGAUCGCAACAUUCUGUUCAUAUUCAUUGGUAAUCUGGGUUGGAGCAGCUGCUGUAAUUGACAGAAAAGCAAAACCUGGUGAAACAAUUGCAGCCGUCGUUAAUGUCCUCUCUGGUGCAAUAUAUCUAUCGAAUGCAGCACCAGAUCUUCAGGCCUUCAGCCAAGCAAAAGCUGCUGGGAAAGCAGUAUUUAAGAUUAUCAAAAGAAAUCCAGCAAUAAGUUACGAAUCAAAGGGAAAAAUCUUGGAAAAGGUCACUGGAGGUAUAGAAAUACAAGAGGUGCACUUCACAUAUCCAUCCCGUGAGGAUAAGCCAGUUCUCCAAGGUUUCUCACUGGCUAUACAGGCAGGCAAUAUUUUAGCUCUUGUGGGGAGCAGUGGAUGUGGAAAGAGCACAGUGAUUUCUCUGGUUCAAAGGUUCUACGAUCCUAUAUUAGGCGCGAUUCUCAUUGAUGGUCAAGACAUUAAAACACUCGAUCUGAAGUUCCUGCGGACAAAUAUAGGUUCAGUAUCCCAAGAGCCAUCACUAUUUUCAGGUACCAUCAUGGACAACUUGAGAAUUGGCAAAAUUGAUGCAACUGAUGAAGCGAUAAUUGAAGCAGCCAAAACAGCUAAUGUGCACUCUUUUAUAUCCAAACUUCCAAACCAAUAUGCAACUGAGGUAGGAGAAAGAGGUGUACAAUUAUCAGGAGGUCAGAAACAAAGAAUAGCAAUUGCAAGAGCCAUUCUAAAAGAUCCACCAAUUCUACUGCUUGAUGAAGCGACAAGUGCACUUGAUUCUGAAUCUGAGAAGAUAGUUCAGGAAGCUCUUGACAUAGCUAUGCAAGGAAGGACAGUUAUCUUAAUUGCCCACAGAAUGUCAACAAUCAUAAAUGCAGACAAGAUCGUUCUUGUGGAGAAUGGAAGAGUAGCUCAAUCUGGAACACACGAAGAAUUGCUGGAGAAAAGUGAAUUCUACUCAAGUAUAUGCAGUAUGCAAAAUCUGGAGAAGGAUUCUGGCAAGAGCAAGACAAGAUUUAUUGAUCAAGUCAAAGAAGAAAAGGAAAAAGAAGAAUCACAAGAUGGAACAUACAACAAACCAUCUUUCACUUCUAGUGAACAAGAAAAAACACUAGAACAGACCGAGCAACCAAAGCAAGCAAUCAGAAAGAGAAGAUCAACUUUCUAUAGAAUAUUCCUUGGAACUUUUAAACUGCUCCCGGAGAAGGUUCUGCUGGGCUCCACAGCUGCAGCAAUCUCUGGGAUUUCAAGGCCUAUAUUUGCUUUCUACAUCAUGACAGUUGGCAUAGCAUACAUUAAACCAGAUGCAAAGAGUAUCGUCAGCAAGUACUCAGUAAUUUUAUUCCUCAUUGGACUGCUCACAUUUUUCAGUAACAUCUUCCAGCACUAUAUAUAUGGCCUGGUUGGUGAAAGGGCAAUGAAUAACCUAAGGGAGGCCCUCUUUUCAGUCAUUCUUCGGAAUGAAAUAGGUUGGUUUGAACAACCAAAGAACAGCGUUGGCUUUCUAACCUCACGUAUCAUCGGUGACACCUCCAUGAUUAAAACCAUCAUAUCUGAUCGGAUGUCUCUCAUUGUCCAAUGUAUCUCUUCAAUUGUAAUAACCACAGUGUUGAGCACAGUAGUGAACUGGAGGAUGGGUCUUGUUGCAUGGACUUUGAUGCCAUUCCACUUCUUUGCUGGCAUUGUACAAGUCAGGUCUGCAAAAGGUUUUGCCACUGACUUCUCUACAUCUCACCGGAAGCUAAUUUCCCUUACUUCAGAGGCUGUCAGCAAUAUUCAAACCGUGGCAUCGUUUGUUCAGGAAGAUGAAAUACUAAAGAAAGCAGACUUAUCACUCCAAGAACCAAUGCGUACAAGCAGAGUAGAAAGCAUCAAAUAUGGUGUAGUACAAGGGACUUCCCUCUGUUUGUGGCAUAUGACACAUGCCAUCGCAUUGAGUUUCACCAUCAUGCUACUUGAUAAGAACCUAUCAUCAUUCAAAGAUUGUGUACGAUCAUACCAAGCAUUUGCAAUGACAAUACCUUCCAUCACAGAGCUAUGGUCAUUGAUCCCUCUAGUCUUGUCUGCUAUCACAGUAUUGGACCCUGCACUUGACAUACUUGACAGAGAAACGCGAAUUGUACCAGAUGUUCCAGAAGUGCAUUCUGAAGAAAGAUUAGCGGGUGACGUUGUGUUUCAAGAUGUCAGUUUCAGCUACACUUCAAGGCCAGAAGUGAUCAUACUAGAUGGCUUCAAUCUAGAUAUUGAACCAGGGCAACAGGUGGCAUUGGUGGGCUCAAGUGGUUCAGGAAAAUCCACAGUGUUGGCUCUUCUGCUAAGAUUCUAUGAUCCUUGUGAAGGACAGGUGCUUGUGGAUGGUAAGGACAUCCGAGACUACAAUUUGAGAUACCUGAGAAAGCACAUAGGACUAGUUCAGCAAGAGCCAAUCUUGUUCAACUUGUCUAUUAGAGAGAACAUCAGCUAUGGUAAUGAAGGUGCAUCAGAAUCAGAAAUAGUUGAGGCUGCAAUGGAGGCAAACAUCCAUGAGUUCAUCAGUGGCCUGUCAAAUGGAUAUGACACUGUGGUUGGGGACAAAGGAAGUCAGCUUUCUGGAGGUCAGAAGCAGCGAAUUGCCAUUGCAAGAGCUAUACUAAAGAGGCCCACCAUAAUGCUAUUGGAUGAAGCGACAAGUGCUCUAGACGGUCAAUCUGAGAUGGUGGUGAUGAGCUCCCUGCUAGCAAAAGAGUGGAAAAACAAAGGCGAGCUUUCAAGCAAGAUCACAAGCAUCACGAUUGCACAUAGAAUGUCCACAGUCACAAGCGCAGAUGUGAUUGCCGUGAUGGAUAAAGGGCAGGUGAUUGAAUUGGGCAGCCAUGAAACAUUGAUCUCGGCAAACAAUUGUGUUUACUCCAGACUGUACCAUAUGCAAAGCAAAGGAGUCAAAGACUAA